AUGGUGAGCCCUAAUUUGUGCCAUGGACUGGGCCGGCACCUAAGGGCCCCAGCACUGGGACAGUACAGAAGAAGCUUGAACUCAUCAUUGCAAACCUUAAAAUUCACAGUAUAUACUAAUAACCAGAGGUUCCCCUCUCCUCCCCCAAUUUAUUCCCACCUCACAAUAGAUAAGAACUGUGUGAAAUCACGUAAAGACCAUGCCCUAGAAAUUGAUGGCAGAAGUCUGAAGAUAUUUAUCCAGGCAGAUUCAGAGAUAGAGGAUCAUGGAGAAAGCCAGCCUACAAUACAAUCCUCGGGCCAAUCUAGCACCUCAGGCUUUUCACAACUUCAGAAGAAAUCUGAUAAGAAACAGCUUGGUGAAAAACAUGAUGCCAGUUCAUCUUCUAGAGCAUUUACUGAAAAGGUUUUUCUCUCUGUGUCUGCAACCUUGAAUACCGACCUGUUCACUGAACAGCAAAGACAACAAGUGAGCAUUCUGUGCCCAAACUUAAAAAUAGAAAAAAAUUCUAGUGACCACAGCAUCGAGAAAGUGACAGGAGACUAUGCAGAUGUUGAGAAAGUGUAUCACUAUUUUGAUGAACUCCUUAUAAAAAAUGGCCAACACAUUGAUUUUUCACACUUUGAAAGAAAGAAUGAUUUGGAAGAUGUGAAUGAGAAUUGUUUGGAUGAAGUGAACAAUAUUGAAGUUCCAUCAGCUCUCUAUGAAUACUUUAACCAUGUCUAUGAAGAACAAAUUAAAGAAUUACAGCAACAUUUCAACGUAAAGAUAAAAAGCAAAGAGCGUGACAAUGGACUCACUUCAGUAUACUUCAUAUCUGUUGGGAGUUCUGGAUUAGUAGAGAGAGCUCAGCAAUCUUUUAUCACUGAUUUUCAGAAAGGAAUAGCAGAUUUAAAACAAGAAAGAGUUUCUUUGACAAACAGUUCCCAGUUAAAUGAAACACUACAGAAAUUAAAUACCAGGUAUCGGAAUCUUCUUGCCAAAAAUGAAGGAAAUACAGUAAUACUGCGUGGCCCAGCAAAUGAGAUUUUGGCUGCGAAAAAAUUUCUUGAUGAAAAAAAUGUGAACAGCCCACUUGAAAAACCUGUGAAAAUAACAUCUGAAGCUUACACAUAUAGGAAUGGAAUUGAAGUUGAUUCUGUUAGGCUUAAACUCUUGGAAACAAUAUUAAGUAAAGAAAUUGAAGAGAUAAAUCAAACAUUUGAUACCAUAAUAGAAAACAAGGGCUCUCCAAAGAACCAGAGAGCAUGCAUCAUAUUUAAACCUAAGAACAAAGAUUCAGAUAUGUCUGCACAUGCUUAUGAAAGUUUCAUUAGUGCAUUUCAGAAUGCCUCAGCAAUGAUAACUGAAAAAGACCUCUGCUUGAAACUUUCAGGUGAUCAGAAAAAACAGCUGAAUAAACACUUUAAUAAACGACAACUGGAAAACCCAGGUAUAAUACUUAAGAAAAAGGAGGAGAAACUCAGUUUAAAAGGUUUACCAGGUCUUCUGAAUGCUGCUGAAAAGCACAUCAGGAGCUUUCUUUACAUUGAAGACCCUGUAAAGAUUAAAGAAGGGACAGCUCUCAGCAGCUGGAGAAGUGCUACAGGAACUUCCCAGGAUGCAGAUGAUGAUAGGAAAAUGAACAGAGUUCCUCCCAAAGAGCAACCUAGUCCAAAGUUAGCAGGAGGAGCGGAAUCCAAAGAUGAGUGUGCCAUUUGCAUGGAUAAAAUCCAUCAAAAAGAAGUACUGCAAAAGUGCAAACAUGAAUUUUGCAAAGCAUGCAUCCAAGAGGCAAUGAAAUAUAAGCUUGCCUGUCCUGUCUGUAAUACAUUCUAUGGACUCAUACAAGGAAAUCAACCGGAGGGAACAAUGUCUUUCUCAAAUCUUUCUUAUCCAGUCACUGGCUAUCCUCAGUGUGGGACUAUUAAGAUUGACUAUCAUAUGUCAGGUGGGGUUCAAACGAAAAACCAUCCAAACCCAGGCAGACGAUAUUCUGGAACAAGUAGAACAGCAUACUUACCUGACAACAAGGAAGGAAGAGAAAUUUUGCAGCUGCUUAGAAGGGCCUUUGACCAAAGAUUGAUCUUCACGGUGGGGCAAUCACGUACUUCUGGUGCAAAUAAUAUGAUCACCUGGAAUGAUAUUCACCAUAAAACAAGCAUGUCUGGGGGACCUGAAAUGUUUGGUUAUCCUGAUCCUAAUUAUCUGAAACGUGUUAGAGAAGAACUGAAAUCUAAAGGAAUUGAAUAA